AUGGCUAACUCACUCAAUGUCGCCAAACGCCUCCCAAAAAUCGAUACCAUAAUGCCACCUCUACGUAGGGAAUCCGUCGAAGACAGGCUGCUAUCGGCGACAGCCGCCGUCUUGAAUCUUCCACGCAACAGCAUCGAGCUGUUCGACUCUUUCGCUGACUUGGGUGGUGACAGACCCGCUGCCGUCGAACUAAGAAAAAGGUGCAUGAGCCUCGGACUCGGAGUCAGGACGAGCGACAUUCUGCGAUGUCACACCUUGGCGGAGCUUCAAACCUGCAUCACCCCCUUCGUUCAGGCCGCGCCUGUGUCCAAAGACUCCGAUGAAGACAGCCCCUCUCCCUCCGAUGUCUUCAGCUCAAGUCCCAGACGAAGCAGCGGUUACUCAACAUCAUCGUGCGAAUCCACACACAGCGCCGAAGUUGCACCUUUGAGAGCACCGCAGUUUUCCAUCGAACGAUACAUCGAAUCCACCUCCCAGAUCGCGAGCGCGGCCGUCAUCAGGCCGAGGGCCGGCUACCUGGAGGGCAAGCUCGUGGCAUUCGUCACCCUGGCCUCUGGCCGCGUCUCUCAAUCCAGCCUCUCCAGCAUCCGCCUCAUUCCCCAAUCUCAAAUGCAUUUUGCCGGCAGCCAGAUCGCAGCAGUCCGACUGGCCCUCGAAACCUCAGAAGGUUCUUACUCCGUACCGAACUCAUGGAUUGUGCUGGAUCAGAUGCCUUCCGACGGUGAGGGUUCCGUCGACCGGCGGCGGCUCCAAACAUGGAUCCAAAAUAUCAACGAAGACAUGUACCACCAGAUUUCGAGUCUCGAGUCUCACGAGCUCUUCCAGGAGCCCUUGACCGAAAUGGAGCGACUCAUGCAGAAAACAGUCAGCAACGUCCUUAGGAUACCGCAGAAACAGGUCGGCAUGAACUUUUCAUUCAGCCAGCUCGGCGGUGACGACAUUUCCGCAAUGAUGCUGGUCGCUGCGUGCCGGACGGAAUCCAUUAUUGUAAGGCCAGAGGACGUUCAUCAAUGCUCAUCACUAGGCCAAUUGGCGUCGCUCGCCACUCGGAAGAGUCAACCCAACGCCACGUGGGAUGAGGAGUCGCUUGAAGGGUUCAAAUUGUCGCCAAUACAGCAGCUCUACUUUGACACCGGCAUGGGUGGUCGUGCUGAGCAACGGUUGGCAAAGAACGGCGACUAUCGCUUCAAUCAGGGAAUCUUGCUUCGCGUAAAGAGCAACUCUACUCUCGAGGACAUCCACGCCGCCAUCGCAACGGUAGUUGGCCACCACUCCAUGCUGCGUGCCCGAUUCCGCUCUGGUGUCGAUGGCUGGACGCAGAGAAUCGUGCCCAAGGUUGACGGAUCCUACGCGUUCCGCUACCACUCCGUUAGCACGACAACAGAAGUUCUUGAUGUCAUCGGAAAAUCACAAGCCACCAUCGACAUCGAAGCCGGUCCUGUUUUUGCAGUCGACCACUUUCGCACGUACGACGGUCAGCAGCUCGUCUUUCUCCUCGCUCACCAUCUUGUUGUGGAUAUGAUGUCAUGGCGCACAAUCAUCCACGACCUCGAUGAGCUGCUACGAGAGGGAACUCUGUUCUCUGAGCGCUCGAUGCCCUUCCAGCGAUGGAACGAGCUGCAAGAAGAAUACAUCUCCAACCAACCGGACCAGUUGGCGCUUCCCUACAAACUACCCAGUGGCCAAUACAGCUACUGGGGUCUUGAGGACUCACUCAACACCUAUAACGAUAUCACGACUGCCAGCUUUACUCUCACCCCAGAAUUAACCGCUAUCCUCCACACAGCAUGCAACCAGGUAUUCAGAACCGACAUGUCUGACAUUUACAUGGCCGCCCUGAUGCUCUCAUUCAGCCAAACAUUCCAUGAUCGCCAGGUCCCGGUGGUGUGGAACCAAGAGCACGGACGCGAGCCUUGGAGCCAAGACGUCGACAUCACGGAGACGGUUGGCUGGUUUACGUCCCUUUGCCCAGUCGCGCUUCAAGUGGACAUGGCAGAUGACUUCCUACACAUCCUCCGCAAGGUGAAGGAUACCAGACGGUCACUCCCCCGGCGGGGCUGGAACUACUUUGCAUCAAGGUACUUCGGGUCCGACGCGGCAACCCGCAACGCUGAGGGGUGGCCGUUUGAGGUCAUGUUCACUUACGCCGGCUCGGUUCAGCAACUGGAGAAAGAAAACGGUGUCUUGGAGCAGCUCACUAUUCCAGGCAGAUUAUUCUCAAACGGUGCUUCCGACAUUGGCUCAGAGGUUGGAAGAAUCGCACUCUUUGAGGUCUCAGCCAUGGUAGAUCAGGGCGCAGCCUCAAUUCAAAUUCUGUACAACCGCAACUGCCAACAUCAGGACAGAAUCACGGAAUGGAUCCAGCUUUAUGAGCAUCUACUUUAUGAGGCUAUUGGUAGGCUGCGUUACCGCGGACAGGAGCUCACCCUGUCCGAUGUCCCAAUGCUCAACACAACCUACGAGGGUCUUGCAAAGCUCAACACCGACCGAUUGGUUGCCCUCGGUCUCACCAGUGCCAAGGACAUUGAGGACGUCUUCCCAGUCACAGCGCUGCAGCAGGAGAUUCUCAUCAGCCAAACUCAAAAUCUAGAGACCUGUCACAACCAUGCCAUCUAUGAGCUUUCCGCGCCCGAAGGCCUCCUCGCCGAUCAGAACCAGAUCUGCUCCGUCUGGCAGCAGAUCGUGGCGAGAUACCCGGCCCUUAGAACCGUCUUCAUUGACAGUAUCUCCGAGGACGGGCUUUAUGACCAGGUCAUCCUACGGAAGUGUUCGCCCGAAAUGCUCUUCGUCGAUGCUGAGGCGGGCACAGACCCCGUGGCAGUUCUUAAUGCGUUGCCGCCCAUGAGUCCUACGCCGUACAACCCUCGCCACCGAGUGUCAGUCUGCAAGUCCCAAACAAGGACCUUCUUGAGGCUCGACAUCAGCCAUGCGCUUUGUGAUGCUUUGAGUCUUCAGAACAUCAUGUGGGACCUGAAGAGGAUGUAUAACUCGAGCAAGCUGCCCAUGAAGGUCCUCGACCCUUCGCACGUCACCUGUCUAGAGUACAUCUCUUCAGCGCGCAGAGAAAACAGCCUUAACUUUUGGGUUGGGCGCCUCCAAGAGAACCAGCCAUGCUUGUUCCCGCGGCUGAUGACUGUCACCGAAAACGACAUGCAGCACACCAACUUCUUUAUCGACCUGCCGAUGGCGCAGAUUGACGAGUUCUGCCGUUCACAGGGAAUCAGCCGUUCGGCUGUCGUCCGCAUGGCGUGGGCUCUCGUUCUGCGUGCAUUCACCGGUUCAAGCCGCGUCUGCUUCGGCUACCGCUCCUCGGGCCGAGACGGGGAUGAUGCACCUGACGGGCUCAGCAUGUCCGUUGGCGCGUUCGAGAACACGACAACAUGCGCGAUCGGGCUUGAGAACUACAAGACUGUCUCGUCGAUCCUCAAAGCUGUCGAGGAAGACGUUUUCGCCUGCCGUCUGCACCAGAACGUCUGCAUCUCGGAGAUCCAGAACGCUUUGGGCCUCAAGGGGGACAAGCUCUUCAACACCUGUCUGUCGUAUCAAGAAGAGCCCCAUGAACUCAAGAGCAGGUUCAGCUCGACCCGGCCGCCGAUGCGCCUUUCUUGCAUCCAGGCAUUUAGCACUCCCGACUACGACGUCACCUUCUCACUUACGCUCGUCAACGGACAGCUCGUUACCGGCGUCUCUCACAGAAUCAUGACGGCUUCCCAGGCGCAAAACUUGACAAACACUUUUGGACGUGCUGUUCUUUCCAUUCUCGAAGGCGUAAACGGAGCCAUGAGCAACAUCGAUCUUUUCACUGACCGAGACUACGCCCAGCUCAUGAUCAGCGAUUGGGAGACUGGCAAGGCUGCCGAGCAGUCUCACGGAUGUGUGCACGCACUUAUCUCGCAGCAGGCGAGGCUUCGCCCGGAUGCCCAGGCCAUUUGCGCUUGGGAUGGUGAUCUGUCUUACAACCAAUUGGGUCGUCUUGUUUCGCGACUUGCUACGUACCUCGCGCAAUGGGGUGUUCGACCUGGUGUUCCAGUCCCGAUUGUCAUGGACAAGAACCGAUGGGCGGUCGUUUGCAUCCUAGCUGUCUUGAAGGCUGGUGGUUGCUUUGUGCCUAUCGACGCCGAAGACAAGAACAACGUCGAAUCCUUCGUUCGCCAACUCGGGCCAAAGAUCGUCAUCGCAACCGACCUACACUGGAAGUACUUGGAGGCAAUUGUCGAGGGCGUUAUUGUUGUCGACGACACGUUGUUUUCGGUCAACUUCCCAGCCGAAUCGCCGCUGCCCAUGGCCGCGCCCAACGACGCGGCAUGCAUUCUGCUGGCUCCUAGCUCAUCCCGCGGCAAAGAUGCAAAGGGCAUCAUCUUUCACCAUGCUGCUUUGUCCGCAGCUUUCGUCACUCAGGGCCGCGCAUUGAACCUAGAUGCCAACAGCCGCGUCAUGCAGCUGUCUGCCUUCAACGUCGACACAGCGCUGAUCGAGCUGCUUUCGACCCUUGUUCAUGGUGGCUGCGUAUGUGUGCCUUCCAGCGUCGAGAAGACGAGCGACAUUGUCGGCGCUGCCCGUAGAAUGGAUGUCAACUGGAGCUACCUGACACCUGUACUGGCGAGGAAGAUGACUCCGGCUGCCAUUCCCAGCUUGAGGACCAUAUGCUUCAGGACUCGCCGCUUGGAUGCGGACACCUGUGCCCCUUGGCUUGAGAAGACCAAGGUCCUUCUGGCUUAUGGUGCUCCUGAUAUCUGCCCUCUCGGCAUCUCUGUGCUUGAGGUUACCAAGGCUGAUGAUCUCACUCGCAUCGCACGUCCUUUCCUCGGAAGAUUCUGGAUUGUCAACCCAGAAGACCACCGUAAGCUUAUGCCUAUCGGCGCCGUCGGCGAGCUGAUUAUCGAGAGCCCGACCCUUGCCCACCGCUUCGUUCCCGGUCAGCCCCUAUCUCAUUUGCCUCAGGACUCGGAAUUGUCACUGGAGGAUGGCAAGCCAAAGACCCGCUACUUCAAGACUGGCCACCGCGUCCGGUACAUGGAAGAUGGCAUGCUCGACUUCGUCUCGAGCGGUCGCGAUGACGUCGAGGUCAACGGCCAAGUGAUCCCUGUUGCUCAAGUCGAACAGAAGCUGCGACGCUGCCUUGGACAGGGCAUUGACCUUGCCGUCGAUUCUAUCAUUACUCGUGAUGCGCAACCCGCGCUCGCCGCAUUCGUCGAGCUUGGAGAGAAGCUUUUCGAAGGCUCGGAAGAUCUGACUAGGAUUACCAUCACAACGAAGGAGCGCACUUAUAUCGCGAAGAAGCUGAUCGAGUCUUCCCUGGGCACCGGUCUGCCUUCGCAUAUGAUGCCCACGGUCUUCGUGCCCGUUAGGCACCUCCCCGUCACGCCCUCGUUGAAGGUCAACCGCCGCAAGCUCCAGAAGAUGGUUAGCUGGCUGUCUUUGGAGCAGCUUCUGGCCUUGUCGACUGUCGCAUCUCCUGAUGAGGUCCGGACAGUCAGCAUCAAGCCUCUUCCCCUGACGCAGGUCGAGGAGCGGAUGCGGUCAAUCUGGUCUAACCUGCUCGGAAUUGAGGCUUCCACAAUCCGCGGCAACCAGAGCUUCAUUGUGCUUGGCGGCGAGGCUUUCCUUGCUGGUCAGCUUGUGGUCCAGUGUCGCAAGCAGGGUCUCAUUAUUGCCCUUCACGAGGUUCUGCAGGGUGCUACUCUCACCGAUCUCUGCCAGGGCAUCACUCUCAGCGCAGAGUUUACUCUUGAUUCUGCUGAUUCACGUUCUACCGCCCCUUCUUCGAUGGGAUCUACCUCGGAAAUGCACGUUGAAGAGGAAUUCAUUAACAACAUCAUUACACCUAAGCUUGGUUUCUCCCGCGAGUUAAUUAGCGACGUGUCUGAGGCGUCUUCGACUCAGCUCAAGUUCCUCGAGACUGGCCUUCUGAAGGGGGGAUCCAGCUUCACCUACUUCACUUUCAGCUUCACCGGGCCUGUCCAGGCGAAGAAGCUUGAGGCUGCUUGCAUCUGUCUCGCCAAAAUUCACCCGAUCUUGAGGACCGCUUUCGUUACUCACGAGAGAAGGGUCUAUCAGGUCGCACUCAGAGCCUUUGUGCCAGACUUCAAGAGAGUAGAGGUUCCCACUUGGAGAAUGGCGAACACGACCGAAAAAUUGAUCAAGAGGGAUCAAGCAGAGCCCUUCUCUAUCGGCACGCCGAUGACCAAGUUCUUCUUCGUCGACGCUGGCAAGCAGUCCAACCUCGUUCUUCGGUUAUCUGGAGCACAGUAUGACGAUGCGUCCAUUGCGCUGCUACUACAGCAUCUUAAGAGCAUCUACGUGUCCCCGUCUUGCCCUCCGAGAAGAGCUACUUACUUUGACUUUGUGCGCUCUGCGCAGCUUUCCCAUGUGGCCGGAGCCCUUGAACAUUGGACCGCCCUGCUUGACGGCGCUAAGAUGACCCAGGUUGUCGCACAUAACAAACCUGCUGUCAUCAGCAACAAUGUCAAGACCGUCUCCCAGAACGUAUCGGUCAUGUCCCUGGCGAACUUGGGCAUCUCAUUCGAUACCGUUGUGAAGUCUGCCUGGUCAAUGGUCCUCGCCAACCUUUCCGGCUCCGGCGAUGUGCUUUUCGGCGAGAUUGUCGAGGGACGUCAUAUAAAACUCGCUGAUGGCUCCGACAUCUCCGGCACUCUCGGCCCCGUCUCCAACGCGAUCCCGGUCCGCGUUCGCUUCGCCGAGACGUUGAGCAGCCCCCUCGAGCUCCUCAGGUACGUCCACGGACAGCGCGUGAUGAGCAUUCCCUUCGAGAACAUGGGCUGGCUCGAGGUCGUCGAAAAGUGCACCAAGAUGCCCUACUGGACACGCUUCAGCACCGUCAUCGAGCACCGCCACCAGGACGCCGCUAAAGAGGCAGCCAUCUUCAACCUCGGUACCGUCAAGUGCAAGUUCAACAUUCAGGAGCCAACCAGCAGAGACGUCUACGACCUCCAUGUCGUUUCUACUCAAGACAACCCAAGUUGCGGAGAGAUUUCAAUCACGUUCUGCGAGAACCGCAUCCCCAGUUUGUUCGCCACCGAGACUCUCAAGGCACUCUGCUCCACCAUCGAACUGCUCACCUCGGUCUCCAUGUUACAUCCCCUGAUCCCCUCGACCACAGACUACUCUUCAGUCACGCCACAAAUCCCCCUCCCGCAAAUCGACAUGGAGCCCAAGGCAACCAACGUCGGCGCAAGCAUGCCUGAUGAACACCGUGUGACCGUGCAAAAGACCAUAACCAACGUCUGGACCGAGAUCCUGGACCCGCGCGCUCUGGGCGUACCCGAGAACCAGCUCCACAACGCGGCAUUCUAUGAUCUAUGGGGUAGCAUGAUGCCCGCCGCGCAGCUUGCGCAGGCUCUCUCGCAGGAACUGCCGAAGCUGGGCGUCCCUGGGUGCCACAACCUUACCAUUUCCAUGGAGGAGAUCAUGGCGCACCCUACAAUGGCAGAGCAGUUCGAGCUUGCGGCGCGUAAAAUGCGCGACGCCAAGCGCAGAACCAUCUCUGAAGUUUUCUCUCACAAAUCGCACCCCUCAUGGGGCCGAGGACUGAGAAGGCUUACCACCAGCGUGAUCCCCCAGAGGACUAGCGAGAAGAGCCUCGUCAGCAGCGGCAGCUCUUCUAGCCUAGUAGACGUAUACCGCGGCUCCGCCAACAGCACGCAACAGCAACAGCAGUUGCUGGAUUCUAUCACAGAGGUGGCGACUGGUCCCCCCUCGAGCAUCGGCGCCCCGGCUGCCAUCACAGCCUCGCCUGUCGAGCUUGAAGAGCCCCAUCGGCCGACAUUGAGCCUUUCGGUGCAGCAUGACGCGAGUAGCAUGGAGAGCAUGACUACCGGUAGUAGCCGCACCGAGUACGAGGCCGAAGAGGGUGAGGGUGAGAACGCGGUUGUUAAUGGGGACGAGAGCGACGACGCGGUUAGCCCUAUGAGCGCCUCUACGCUGGCGACGCCGGUUGUAGCGACGCCUUCUGAUGGGAGAAAGAUCCGCAGGAAGGCGGGCAGCGUGUUGAGCCGGAUGAGCAAGAUUGGACUUGUCAGCCCUGUCAGUGUUGCUGGACACAGGGUCGGCUAA